UUUCAACUUGGCAAUGACUGUACAACCGCAAGCAGAAGCAUCGGGUGUACCUCUCGAACAUGAAGAACAACCAAAAAAUCAAAAGCAAAGAAAGGCGGAAAAAUAUUUGCUGCGAUGGUACAACGCUUUGAGAAACUUACCGACUUGGGUUCAGAAAACAAAAAAACGAAGAAUUGGAGCUUAUAAUGUGUUGGUGGUGAUUUUAUGCAUAAUAGUUAUUGUGUUAAGCAUAAUUGUUUUGUAUCAAGAUCCUGAACAGACGCAUGACAAGUAUGGAGGAUCAAUUCUUCUCCGUGAAGUCAAUCCAUAUGAUGAAAUGGAUAAACUUUUCAAGAAUGCAAAUAAGUGAAAGUUUCUAAAAUGUACCUUUAUUAUAAUUUUUUGUUAGUGUAAAAUCAACGUAUAAAAAAUUCCAAUUUAAA